AAUCUUGCUUAAACCCUAAUACAAUCCCUCCUUUUUCACUCUGUCCUGUGAGUCCAGCACCGAGUCAACUCACUAAACCCGAGAACAGCCAUGGCGGACAGGGUCCAAUACAAGCUCGAACAGAUGGUCGACGAGCUAGACGACCUAGAACGUAAAGGCAUGUUCACACGGCGAGAAAUAGCAGGGAUAGUGAAACAAAGAAAAGAAUUUGAGUACAGAUUGAAGAGGCCAAGUCCUUUAAAGCAAGAUUUCUUAGCUUACAUUGAAUACGUGACUCAACUUGACUCACUUCGUAGAUUACGAAAGAAAUCAAUGGCGCGUGAGCUGGAAAAGCAAUGGGAUAAGAAGAAGAGGAGAAUCAAAAAGUAUGUUUCUGAUUUUGCUGGGGUUUCAAGGAUUGUUGAGAUUUAUAGAAUUGCUGUUAUGAGGUUUAAGGGAGAUUUAGAGCUUUGGUUUAGGUAUUUGGAGUUUUGUAGGGAUAAAAAGAAUGGGAAAAAGGUUUUGGCUAAAUUAAUUAGGUUUCAUCCAAAAGUUCCUGGACUUUGGAUUUAUGCUGCGGCUUGGGAAUUUGAUCAUAGCUUGAAUGUUUCAGCUGCUCGUGCACUCACGCAGAAUGGUUUGAGGGCGUGCCCACAUUCAGAGGAUCCUUGCGUAGAGUAUCUUUGGAUGGAAUUGAUGUACCUUAACAAGUUAAAAGCUCGAAAGGUUGCGCUUGGAGAGGAGAAGGAAAAUGUGGUUCAUGAUUAUGAUAUGUUGCUCGAUGGAAGAGGAAUUGAUGAUGGAUCAGAUGCUGGUACUGAGGAGUCGGAGAAGAAAGUCGAUUUGUUUCGUGAGAAAGGCUCGAGUAUUCUUCAGAUAAUCUAUACUAGAGCUGUUCAAGCUAUCCCUUCUAGUUUUGGCUUGAGGAAGAGGUUAUUGGAGAUGCUAGAAGCAACAGGCUUGAUCCAUUCGGAAGAAAUGCGCAAGGAGAUGCUGCUAAGUGACAUGAAAAGAGACUUUUUGAGAGAACCAGAAUAUUGGAACUGGCUUGCAAGACUCGAAAUGACUCAUUCUAAAAAUGUCGGAGAUGACUGAAACUCUCAAAAAGCAUUUCAGGUAUAUGAGGAGGCUUUGCAACUUGUGCCUUCUCCGAUGAUGUUUAAUUUUUACACACUAUUUUUUGUGGAUGUUGCUGUUGUUUAAUUUUUUAUCCCAUAAAAAUUUUAGGAAAAAUAUUCUAAAAUAUAAAAGGAUAUACAUGAAGAAAGCUUAGAAGAUUAUUCGGGUUAGUGGUAAAGGAUUAAAAUGACAAGUAGAAAAAAACAGAAAACCAAAACGUAUAAAAUUGAUAAAAUUGACAUUUUAAUUCUGAUUGACAAAGGAUUCUAUUGGUGAAAAUAUAAAUUUAGAUGGUUAAGGACUUAAUGAGAAUUUUGGAAGGUUUAAUUAUUUUUAUUGAGGAUUUAAUUACAAGAAAAAUCAAUUUUUGGAGUCAAUUUAAGUGUUAAUUAGAAGAAAUUAAAGUUUGGAAACUUAAUCGUAAGAAUAUUGAAGUUUGAUGGGCAAUUAGGGGCUUGAUUCAAGAAAUCCAAAACUAAGGACUAAACUGAAAAAAGA